CUAGUGGCCAACCUGCGAAAGACUUCACCCUCAAAUAAUAAGCCGAGAAAUCGCGGGUCGCUGAGCGCCGAGUGCAGCGUUGACGGGCUGCGCGAGCGAGCCUAGAAAUACUAUGGGAAACAGCUGCACCACCUUUGCAGAUGUCAUCACGGAGGAGGAGCUCAAGAGCUGUGCAGCAGCCAUUGAUGCAUGGGAGAAGGCUCGUGAGACGGAUGGCACUAGCGGCGGCAAGGCUGCGAAGAUGAUUACUCUGCUCAAGCGCAUCGGCGGCGAGAAAGGCAUGAAAGAUGUUGUCGAGAUGUUCUAUCGGAAGAUCUAUGCCAAUGAGAGGCUACGCCACUUCCUGAAGGACAAGGACGUGUCUCUGCUGCGCUCCAAACAGGCCGCCUUCAUGACCUGGUUGUUCGGCCCCUCCACCGCCACCUACACCGGCCGCAGCGUCCGCUGCGCGCACCUGCGCAUGAUCAAGCAGCGCGGCUUCAGCGAGGACGACUUCCUGCUGGGCAUGAGCUGCUUCGAGGAGGCCAUGCGCGACUACGGCGCCCCGCAGCGGCUCACCAACGAGAUCAUGGCCAAGAUCCUGCCCUUCAAGGACAUUAUCUUCUCGCCCUCAGCCGCCGACGCCGGGGAGGAGGCGCGCUGGGCGGAGGAGGACCGCCUGAAGGCGGAACAGGACAAGCUGGAGCAGGCGGCACAGGGGGCUCAGAUGGCCCAGGCCGCGGGCGACAAGGCCGCCGCCGGCGCCCGCAGCGGCGACAGCAGCGGCACCCUGAGCAAGGCCGCGUCCGGCGCCGCAUCUGCGCUGCAGCUGCUGCAGCCGUCCGCGAGCCCGCCGUCCCGCCCCACCUCAUCAGCCGCCUCAACUGGCGCGCGCGCCAUGCUGUGCCCCUUCGCCGGCUCGCAGCAGCUCCGCGCCUCAGCGACCAGCUCACCGCGCCCGGGCAGCGGCAGCCGCUGCCCCUUCGCCGCCGCCUUCGCCGCGGCCUCGCCCGCGGUUGCAGUUGAUGCCCAGACAACGGCCGUGCCGCACCUGACGCCCCGCGCCAUCGAGGCGGUCAUCGUGGAUGAGGAAGCCUCACCGUUCGCUGUGGACGCCGACAGUGGUGACGCCGAAUGCUUCACCGCGCCGCUGCCCACGCCGUCCCGCCUGGGCGCGCACGCCUCCGCGCCCAGCGCCGCCGAGCUUGUCGCUGCCGGCGCCACCACAACGGGCUCGCGCGGCGGCUCCCCCAGCCCACCGGCUCUCCUGGCCGCCACCUGUAUCAGCGCGCCGCUGGUGCAGAUGCACAUGCCCGUCUCCAUGUCCGAGGCCGCAGCAGCCGCCGCCGCCAAUGUCCGGCGGCUGGCGUCGCGGCGUGCGACGGGCUCCAUCUCCUCCGGCGCCUGCGCCCUGCCCGAGCCCAGCGACCUGAGCCUGCCGGGCGGCGUCAGCGAGGCCGUGGGCUGCCAGCUGGCGGGGUCGUCUUGGAACAGCCACCGCAGCGGAGGCGCCGGCGGCGUGGACAGCGCCGCUGACCUGAUUGCGGAGCUGCACGCGGCGCCGUCAUCGCCGUCAUCGAGGCGCCAGUCGCUGGAUGCGGGCACUGCGGUGUCGCGGCGCCAGUCCCUCGAGAAGCAGGUGCUGAGCCCUCGCGCCUCAGCUGCGGCAUCGUCACGCCUGCGCAUGACCUAAACCAACACACCAGCUAUGCGUGCUCAGAACGCGCAAGAUCUUUUGGUUUAUGAGGAAGCCCCUAGGCCAACCAAGCUUACCGUAAUGCACGGCUUCAACAAACAUGUUGCGGCAGCCACCACGGCUGCAUACGAACCAAGCUUAACAGAAUCAGUGAAUUAGUGAAGAUUUUAAUGAAUGACUGUGAUCAAGUAAACUUCCGGUCCCCACAAAGGUGCUGCUAGCACUACAGUGCAGUGUUGGGGAUGUGGAUGUGCAGUGGAUGUGCGAGUCUUGGUGUAAGUGCGCCAGGACGAUGUUCACAUGACGUGUAUGACACGUGCGCGUGUCGGCAAGGGUGCGUGCCGGGAGUCAGCAAGCUGUCAACAAUAAAAUCCGCAGCCCCGGAUAGGGGUGUUUUGCGGGAGCGGCAUGGUCCGCGGUCGUGCUUGUUUGUGUACGGGCGGGGUGGGUGUCUGACGCAAUAAAAUUUGUUGCACCCCAUGGCACGGGGGCCAUGGGCACGUGUUAGACUGUUGCGUCGGGGUACGUGUGAUCCAGGCCUGACAUCCUCGUGCGACUGACAAUUGGACCAUCGUUGUUCGGCGAGCUUAUCAACCUAAUAGAAUUCAUGUCUUCAUGCAGCUUUUGCAGAAUACCGGUGAGGCCUUUCAGGUCCUUACCACGAACCGCGCUGAAUUCUGACCUUCAUGUGACGAAACGCGAGCCGUGUGGGGCUCUGGGCUUUGCUCGUGUGGAUCAUUGGUGGCUGGGCGUUGGUUGCAUUGCGACAGACAAGAUGAGUGGCGGGUCAAUUGAAUAAAGUUAUCCCCGUCAUUUGGGCCUGCGUGUUGCUUCUGUGGGAACAUGGGAAGUUGCCAUGUUGGGGACGCGUGGGGUAAGGGUACCGGUACAUUGUCAUGCACACAAUGGCGGUCGCACAAGGAGCACCGGAGAGGUGCACUGCUGCAAACUUGCCAUAAACCAUUCAUGCGUGUUUCUGUUGCAGGUCGUCCUCGUCACUUUUAGCGUUUGAAGCGCUUGAUGCAUUCAUGGGUGUUCAGUUUGAAGACGUUGCUCAUCGAGCGGCAUGCACGUACGGCUAUUCAGAGCCGUAUGCGGCGCUGCGCCGCAAGUCCCCGCAAAGCCCGGUUGACGAACAUGGGGUGUUGUGCCUUACUAUGUCCACAUUAACUGCAUACGUCUUGACACACUGCGGUGAGUAUGGCUGUAUGGGGCUCCUUGGCCAACCUAAUAAAUGUGUGUAAGAUUUGUGUGGCGAGGUUGUGGCCGCACCUUACUAGUGCGCAUUGAGAUCGGGCUAGCUAUGCAAUAAAGCGGCGGCACGUGAGAGCCUGCCGCAGGCUAAACAACUUGAGCAAUGUUGGGGAGCAGGUACGUGGUGGCACUGGGAUAUGGGAGGAUGGGAUCACAGGUGCAAGAAUGCUCCGAGCCUCCAACCGGCGGACAAGGUGUGGCGCAGGGCGGCUGGUGUUUUGUAGCAUGGAGCCUCACGAGCCUGUAACGGCUGCAAGCC